AUGGGAAAUUUAUUUUGUAAAUUCAAAUAAGUUCAAAUUCAACUCAUCAAUUGCAGAAGAAUUUUCAAGUUGAAUGUUUAAGUUAAAUUUAGUGAGCAAUACUCUAUUUUAAUACUUCUUGAUUAGAGACGUUUCUAAAUCUAAUUCUCGUAUCGAACCUUCAUAUUUCAAUUGGAUAGCAUCUUAAUAGGGACCAUACUUAUAAUAAAACAGUAUAUUCUUUAUGCAGUAAUAUAUUUCAAUGUGACAAAGUACUCCAUACAAGUAUAUAGGAUAAUCUAGCGCGUUUUCAUAAUGAAAUAUACUCAUCUUUACAAUAAAAGAAAUAUAAAAAAAGGCAUAAAUACCCACAGAUUAUGCAAUUUUUCUAAUAGAAGGUUUCUUUGA